GGCCGCGUACUUAGGUACGUCCGACAUCCAGUCACACUACUACACCAAAUCAAUCACCUCAAACCGGUUUUUCCUGCGACCUCUCCCGUUCCUUGCCUGCGGUAUGAGAUAGAUGGCGCAAGCCGGAGCGCAAGCUCGGCCCGCGGAGCUGCUUCUCGCGUCUUCGUUGAUCGGCGAUGAAGAGUUGGAGGUGCUGCUGGAGGGUGUGGUAGCUGGAAGGGUUGGGCCACAACAGAAGAGGAGGGGAGAGUCACUAGGGACGGGUGUUAAGAGUCUAGAUGAAGCGCUGGACGGUGGAUUGGAGGGAGGCCGGGUGGUAUGCGUAAGUGCAGGGCAGGGAGGGGGUGGUGUUGAGUUAUGCCUCACCUUUCUGACAAAUUGUCUCCUGCAAGCCCCGACGUCGACAGCCGCUAUUAUCGACACAACCGGCAAUCUUGACAUCCUUCGGAUAUACACGCUCAUCGUCUCUCGUCUCCAGGCUGACUCGUCUCUCCUCAACAGCCUCCGAGGAACCUCCAGCUUGGAGGGUGUUUCCACGGAAAACGUCGCAGCUAAAGUCCUUGACCGAGUUAAAAUUAUGCGGGUCUUUGAUUUUGUGGGGGUUAUGGAGGCUGUGAGUGAGAUAAGAGAUGGGCUUGAGGGACGGAGACCGCCGGCAGAGAAAGAUGAGAUCGAGAGCGUGAAGAAAAUUGAGAAGGAGGACGAGGCGCCACCACAGCCGCCCAGGAGGACCGUGAUUGCAGAUAGUGAGGACGAGGAAGACGAUGACGAGAUGUUGUUCGACAAUGAAGCUGCAGCGCUCGCACAAUCAGUCGCUCUGCCAGCAUCACAACCCAAUGUACAGCCGCAGCUACCGGAUCCGGCGCACGAAGAUGAACAAGAAAGAGGACUUGAAGAGAAGAUCUCCUUCAUUCUCAUCGACAACCUUGCACACAUCAUAAAUCCUCUCCUCAAGAAAGACCACGUCCAAGGACACGCGCUUUCCACAUCCUUCCUCCUCACUCUCUCUCACUUAACCCGCACCCACGCUCUCUACACCAUCCUCUUCAAUCCAACCAGCCCUCCUCGCCCUCCACCGCCAAACACCUCCAACCAACCAGCACCACCUCAUCAGCAACAGCAGCAACCACCACAGUCACCUUCAAUCUUCUCUUCGAACAAGGUGGUGCCCGCUCUAGGGAAUGUGCUGUCCCCGUACCUGGACCUGCAUCUACUAGUAUCGAGGAUGCCUAGGCGGAAAGCGGAUGCAAGGGCUGUAUAUGCGGAUGGGGGAGCGGGUAUUGAAGGUGUGAGGGGUCUCAGGCAUCAGAGUGUCAAGACGGUCGACGUGGUGGAGGUCGUGGGUGAUCGAUGGAGUGGGAGAGUCGGGGCAUGGGGCGCGUUUGCGGAAGGGGAGAAGGGGAUGAGGGAUGUCUGAUGUCUGUGACUCUAUUCCAUUU